AUGGUCCAGCUUCAUGUUGCAACCGAACAACAGGUCGAUUAUACUGUCGGCCAGGCUUUCCAAUUGCCCAAGGCAAGUGUCACUAGCCAUGCUGCUAGCCCUGAGAAGAGGAAGAAGAACGAGAAGAAGAAAAAGAAGAGCCCACGCUCUGGUAAACAAAAAUUACACGGUAAGCAGGACACAGAGAAGGUCGAUGGUUUACCAAAAGAAACACACCAUAAUGCUCGGAUGGGUGGUGAAGUAACAGAUCCCGGCCCAAUUCCACCUGCUGGAUCCUAA